CCAUUUGAUUGGUCGGAGGCUGAUAGACAAACGAAAUCAGCUUUACGAUAAAUAGGACGGAGAGCCUUCCAGAAACAUUCCGAGAACGAGGAAAAUUUGUCACUCUUUUGUGAAUUUCUAGGAAGUGAAGAUGAUCGAGGUGGUUUGCAACGAUCGCCUGGGCAAGAAAGUCCGGGUGAAGUGCAACUCUGAGGAUAGUAUUGGAGACCUGAAGAAGCUCAUUGCUGCCCAGACAGGAACACGACAUGACAAGAUCGUAUUAAAGAAAUGGUAUACCAUAUUCAAGGACCACGUGACUCUGGGGGACUAUGAAAUCCAUGAUGGGAUGAACCUGGAGCUGUACUACCAGUAGAUCUGACGACUACCACGAGUCAAUGGUACACAGACAAACCUCGUCCUUGUUAGACACCCACACAGAUGGAAUCGCUGGAAUUGGUCGCAGGAAACUAUCAUGAUCAGACAACACAACUGAGAGAGAAGGAGCCGUACCUCCAGAGCAGAAAACACACAGGCAUGACACUGAUCUCAGUUUUAGCUCAUCAUUUUUGCCCACAAAUUAUAUGAAAGACACAAUGUUGUUGUUUUUGAUGUUCUAUGAUUUUUGUUUUGAUAUUUUGGAAUUAAAGCAGACAUUUACCUACCUACAAA